AUGGCGGGUGCCUGGGCACGUGGCGCAGAGCCGCAGGAAGUUCGAACGGGGGCGGCGUUUGCGCAACUUCGGGCUUUCCCUCCUCGGCGCCGCGCGGCUCGUGACGUUCAGUUUCGCGCGAGCUCGCAACGGUGGAGGAUAUUUCAAGGUCCGGCGGGAAGGUUCUCGUCGGUGCGUCGCGAGGGAAUUCGUAAGAACGCGGGUACGACGCGCGCCGUGACGAAGGAGAAAAGAAACGAGGGCACGAUUGCGCGCGGCAAACCCGAGAGAGCGCCCCAGGCAAGGGUCUUUGUUGAAAGGCGCGUAAACGGAUUUAUCGGACGUCCCAUGAUAGAGCAGACGAAGGACUUCGCGAAGGGUCUCAGCGGCGGUAUGUCCACCUACGAAAGGCCGGGCGACGCGCCUCAUCUGUCGACGAUAACGAGGAUCGUGGGGGUGUGCACCGCUGUUGGUGAGUCCCGAUAAUUUAUGUCGCGUCUAGGGUAAGGCGACCGGAUUCGUAUCAGAUUCGACGAGUCGCUAACCCAUACAGCAUCACAAAUGUUGAGUCAACAUCUCAGAAACGUUCCAUUACAGCAUUGCAAUAUUGCAUCGACGUUACGAAAUUUAGAUUCAACGUCGAAAAGAUAUUGCAAAAGCGUCUAGUGUCCGCUGAAUUGUGGUGUCUACUGUAAACGUUACGAUUCAACAUUGAGAAAACAUUGCUAAUUGUAAUCAUAUUGAGUCCACAUCGGUCGCGUUUAGCAGAAUAUUUUUUAAAACUGUGGGAAGCGCUGACAGUGAAUUAUUCUACUAAAAUAAUAGCUCGAUCUUGGCUCACAAAAUUUCUGACCGUUGCAAAAUAUUAUAUAUGUAUGUACAUUUCAUAAUUAUACAUUUUUUAAGUAUCUAUUUGAGUGUCAAAAAAUAAUAAUUUGUUCGAGAUUGUUUUAACGUUGCAGCAAUAUAAAGAAUUCAUGUACAAACAUUUAUCUAGAUUCAACGUAGAAAAGAUAUUUACAGUUUAACGUUCAACAUUGCAACGUUUCCGCAACAUUAUUUAACUUUCUGUGUGGGUAAUAAGCAAUAUUUUCAAGUAAUUCACUUAAAUUUUGCUCCUUCAUAUAUUUGCAACUUCAUGCUGUAUUGUCGAUAUCGUAAAAGGCAUCCACAUGUUUUAAUGUCGCUUAUCGGCGACUCAUCGAAUUGUUGAUUCGAAUUCGGUCACCCUACCCUAAUAACAGGAUUGGGAAAGUUAGCUUAUACACUGAGAAAAAUGUCCGAUUAAAUAUAAUCGGAUAAUCCAAUUACAUGAUA